GGGUGACAAGAGGGUGACAGCGACGGGAGCAGAAGGAGGACCAGGUGUAGGGAGUAGAGGCCAAGCCAGCAGCGGUGGCGAGAGUGACGAGCUCUACAGUGCGCUCAUGGAAGCGUCUACCGCCUGCGAGCACGUCCUCUCCGGCGUCGAGUCGGCCCUUGCUGCUGCGGCGGCUCGCGGCGACAUGCUGUCAGCAGAGAACGCAGCUGGUGCGGCAGGCGCCUCUGUUUGCGACGAUGGGCCUGGAUGCUGGACUGGAGAUGGUGCGAGCGAGAGCGCGGAUAGAUGGGAGGCUGGCGAGACGGAUGGCGAAGGCGACGCGGAUGGCGAGGGCGAGGGCUUUGAGUUUGAGUUUGAGUACGUCUACGAUGACGAGGAAGACGUGAUCGGAGACGGCACCGAUCUGAGCAACGAGACUGGGGGUGGCUGGGAAGAGGUUGAUGUUGCAGAUGAUGGUAUUUCUGGCGCCGUGGAGGAAGUAUCUGUCUCUCGCGCAAGUGCGCCUGGUGGCCAUGGCAACGCCGUCGAGCCACUUGAAGUUACAUCCGCAGACCACGGCCGUGUUGACGAGGAGUUCGACGGCACAUCCGCAGACCACGGCGGUGUUGACGAGGAGCUCGACGGCACACCCGCAGACCGCGACCUCGCCGACCAAUCGCUCGACGGCACAUCCGCAGACCGCGACCUCGCUGACCAAUCGCUCGACGGCACAUCCGCAGACCGCGACCUCGCCGACCAAUCGCUCGACGGCACAUCCGCAGACCACGACCUCGCCGACCAAUCGCUCGACGGCACAUCCGCAGACCGCGACCUCGCCGACCAAUCGCUCGACGGCACAUCCGCAGACCGCGACCUCGCCGACCAAUCGCUCGACGGCACACCCGCAGACCACGACCUCGCCGACCAAUCGCUCAACAGCACAUCCGCAGACCACGACCUCGCCAACCAAUUGUUCGACGGUACAUCCGCAGACCAUGAUGUCGUCGACGAGGGGCGCAACUCUGACAUGGCUCGCCUCCAUCGCAUCAUCGAGAGCCUCACCCAAGAACUGGCGCUCACUCGCGAGCGUGCCCGGGUCCGAAGCGAGCGCGAGGCGGCAACGCCGCCGAGCCAUGCCGCCCAGACCCACCUUCGCGUCGCCGAGUUGCAGUCACGCAUCGGCGAACUCGAGCACGCACUGCAUAUGGAGCAGCGCGCCCGACGCGAGGCCGAGGACGAGGCCGACCGGCUGCGAGACUCGCUGCGCGCCACUCUGGACGAGCUGCUCUGCGCCGAGCGCGAGAUCGAAGCCAAGUCGAAAGGCCUCGUUGCCGCCCACGACACGCUGGCCAAGCUCGCUGACGAGCUGGUCGUGUCGGAUGCCCAUGUCCGCGACCUGCACAACAAGCUGGUCUCGGCUGCCUACGCCUCGACCUCGGCCGACCUCGGUCGCUCGCCGCCGCGCCUCCGGCCCGAGCUCCUCCCCGAUCCGAUCUUCUCCUGAACCUCGUGGCCCCUGGUCGCCUAAUUGUGCUGUCCA